AUGGCAGCAGUUAAUGAUCAUUCACCGAAUUCGAAACCUUCGUCUGAGGCUUUCCAGCGAGCCACUGGCUCCGUAGACUAUAUCAGGUCUAAACUACCAUCUCAUCUUCAGAACCCUCGUGUGGCUAUCGUCUGCGGUUCUGGACUUGGAGGUAUUGCAGACACUGUGACUACUGAUACUAAGCUCGAGAUUGACUACCAUGACAUUCCAAACUUUCCCAAGACCACUGUUCAAGGACACGCCGGCAAGCUCGUAGUUGGCACCAUGGGAGAGAACAAAGUCCCUGUUGUCUUGUUGGUCGGCAGAGCACAUUUCUACGAAGGUCACACCAUGGAACUCGUAACUUUCGCGACGAGAGUCUGUAAAGUCCUCGGUGUCGAGACCAUGAUCGUGACAAACGCUGCUGGUGGACUGAACCCAGACUACAGCGUAGGCGACAUUGUCUGCCUGAAUGAUCAUCUGAACAUGGCUGGCCUGGUUGGAUUCCACCCUCUUCGUGGACCCAACGCCGACGACUUUGGCGUACGCUUUCCUCCUCUAUCUGACGCUUAUGACCUCGGUCUGCGUCAGAAAGUGCACCAGACAUGGCAGAAGGUGCGUCCAGCCGACGGCAAGCGCAGGCUGCACGAAGGUGUAUAUGCUUUUGUUGCCGGUCCUACAUACGAGACAAGAGCAGAGUGUCGUAUGUUGCAUCAGCUAGGCGCCGAUGUGGUGGGUAUGUCGACCGUGCCUGAAAUCAUUGUUGCCAGACAUAGCGGCAUCAAGAUCCUCGCUUUCAGUUUGGUGACUAACAAUGCCGUACUGCAACCUGUGCCUCGUGGAGACGAUGCUGCAUUGAGUUCCAUGUCACCACAAGAGCUCGUGGACCACUUGGGUAAGGGCAAAGCAAACCAUGAGGAAGUUAUUGAGGCUGGAAGGGAGGCCGCAAAGGAUAUGCAGACACUGGUAUACAGCAUCGUGUCGGAUCUGUAA